AUGGUUAUUCUAGAUCCUGAGGAGAUGGUGAAGGGAGCAUGGACAGUUCAGGAGGACAACUUGCUAACGAGUCUUGUGCAAAGACAUGGUACUGUUCGGAGUUGGUCGGUUAUUAGCCGAUCUAUUCCGGGGAGAAACCCAUCAUCUUGCCGUAAUCGCUGGUUGAAACAGCUGUCGCCGGAGGUGAACCAUCUGCCCUUUACCCCGGAGGAGGAUCAGCUCAUUUUGGAGAUGCAUGCAGAUAUGGGUAACAAAUGGACGGAAAUGGCUAGAUUGCUUGAUAAUGGAAGGACUGAUAACUCCGUCAAAAACCGAUGGCACUCCACUCUGAAGAGGCGACGUGAUGUUGCAGUGUUGGCUAUUGAAGGUGUCGGCGCCGCCGGACAAGGGGAAGCAGGAGAAGGAGGAGCAGCAGGAGAAGGACAAAGACAAGGAGGAAGACAAGGACAAGGAGAAGAAGGACAAGGACAACAACAAGGAGAUGGGCAGGAAGGAGGAGGAGCAGGACAACAAGGAGAUGGACGAAACAGAGAGUGA